UUGGGGUGACGCGGUUACGUUUAUUUGGAAGACUUUGCGCAUGCGCGUUACAGGUCCGGGGCUCUAGUCGGAGCCAGAGGGUCGGAGCUUGCUAGCUUAGCACUCAAAAUGGACGUCUUUCUAAUGAUCCGGCGUCAGAAGACGACCAUCUUCACGGACGCCAAGGAGUCGACCACCGUGUACGAGUUGAAACGUAUCGUGGAGGGCAUUCUGAAGAGGGCCCCAGAGGACCAGCGCCUCUACAAAGACGAGCAGCUGUUGGAGGACAGCAAGUCUCUGGGAGACUGUGGCUUCACCAGUCAGACGGCCCGACCCCAAGCCCCCGGUACCGUUGGCCUGGCCUUCCGCAUCACUGACGAGAUGUUCGAGGCGCUCCAGAUGGAGAGCUUCUCCAGCCCUCCAGAGCUACCCGACGUCAUGAAGCCACAGGACUCCAGCAGCACGGCCAGCGAGCAGACCGUCCAGUGAGGGCUGGAGGGAGGGAGAGAGGGUGGGGGUGUGAGCCGUUAUAUCAGUUAAAUCACAGGACAGCAUCGGGGAGAGGGCACUUUUAGAUGACCCAAUCGGUGCCCUGCUCCUCCUCCUCCUGGUACCUCCAACCCUCCCCCUGCCCCCUCUCGCCCUCUCUCCCCCGCACAUCACUUCCGGUUAGCCUUCUCAGCCUGUCAGCUCCUUUAGCCCGGCUAGCAUGCCCACCCACAUUAUCUUUAUUAUCAUGUUGAUGUAUUCAGGAGGCGGUUGGCGGUAUCUGCCCUUCUAGUUUGCUCGAGGGGGAAGGUACCUAUCUCGCUACUUUACUAGAGAGGGAAGGUACCUAUCUUACUAGUGAACUAGUGGGGGGAAGGUACCUAUCUUACUAGUGAACUAGUUGGGGACGGUACCUAUCUUGCUAGUGAAAUAUAAGUUUAAGUUACAACUUAGAAGCCUAUCUUUCUAAUGACUCAAGGAUGGAGGUUCCCAUGUUCCUAGUGAACUCGUUUAUCUUCAAAUUCAGUAGAAGAUAGAUAUCUUCCCAGUGAGCUAGAGAUUGAAGGUACCUCUCUUCCCAGUGAGCUAAAGAUUGAAAUAUCUUUCUUCCUACUGCACUGGAUCUUGAAGGUAACUGUUUCUUGUGGACUAGAGCUUGAACGUACCUGUUUUAAUAGUGAUCCUACAGCACCCGACCAAUCUGGUCGGGUGUAGGACCACUAGGAAAAGAGAGCGGCAAACUUUCCAUCCCAACCUUUAACUUUGCCAAGCGUGACGGUCUGACCUGGACAGGAGGCCAGACGUCUCCCUCCUCAACACUGUAAAUGCUGUUUAGUUUUAUUUAAAGCUCCUGUGCUGUCAUGUCUCUAGUGUGACCCAAGCUCUGUCAUGUCGUGUAUUAAGAGCCUUUUUUGAGGAAUCAUAGCACUGAGAGCUAGGUGGGCCGUUCCAUGAACCAGGGGUCCAGUUUCAGAGUCUGUUGAUUCAACAGGUCUGAAGAACGACCAGGAAGAUUAACUCGCGUCUUGUCACCACACCAUGCGUGACACAUGUACACCUCACCAGCCCGCCCUCCCCCAUUCACAAUAUGAACAUAGCUUGUAACUGUGAGCUCAAAUAAAGUUUUUUCUUUCUUUUUUUUACGUU